AUGUCACCCGAAGGGCAGCUGAAACCAGUCCGUGAGGAAGCUAUGUACGGCGCCCUGUGCGCCUGGUGCCAGAAGGUGUCCCGGCAGCCGGUGCUGGCGCUGCAGCCCGCGGCGGACGGCGGCACGCCCAGCCACAAGGCUUUCUGCUCCGAGGUGUGCUUCACGCAGUGCCGGCGCGCCAGCUUCAAGCGCAACCGCACCUGCGACUGGUGCCGGCACGUGCGACACACCGUCAGCUACGUCGACUUCCAGGACGGCGAGCAUCAGCUGCAGUUCUGCAGCGACAAGUGCCUGAACCAGUACAAGAUGAACAUCUUCUGCAAGGAGGCGCAGGCGCACCUGCAGCUGCACCCGGCGGCGGCGGGUGCGGUCGCGGGGGCUGGCUCGUCGGGCGCGCUCAUCACACCCGACCUGUGGCUGCGCGACUACGCCUCCACCGCCAGCCCCGCAGACGCCGAGGCUACCGUGACGCCGCCCCCGCCGCCACCGCCACCGCCGCCGCCGCCGUCGCUGCCGCCGGCGGAACCCCCGCUGCUGCCGCCGGUGACCGUCAUGGUGCCCUACCCCGUGCUCAUCCCUCUGCCCAUCCCGGUCCCCAUCCCCAUCCCGUUGCCGCUGUUUGCGCCGGACCGUAAAUCUGCCCCCCGACGCAGCGGCCUCUGCUCUCCACCCCGUACGUCGCCGCCGCCUCCACCGCCCCCUCCUCCGCCGCCGCCGCCGCCACCGCCGCCUCCACCACCCGCGCCACCGUCGACUUCGCCUCCGCCACCUCCAGCACCGCCACAGCCACCACGGCACGGUUCCGACAGGCCGCUACGCAAGAGGAAGAGACUCACGGAAACAAUUCCCGAAGACGAUCCCUUGGCAGAGAGAAAAUCCGUUCGUGUAUGACCUGAGAUUUCCGAUUAUCCUUCGUCGUAAAACUUAAUUCGACACAGACACUUUAAAUUUCACACAUUAUAGGAAGUGCUUGCGCUGAUGAAACACACUCUCCAGUUUCUGCUACCAUCACGCCCAAGUCCCUGCAUAGUGCCGGCAAGUGCAGUGUUCGAGGCGCCUCCUGCAAAGUUUCCACUUCCACACUCAGGUACUGCAUUAACUACGAUUAGACCUGAGGUAAACCUGUAAUAACCAUAGAGCACCACACGACACAGCUUAUCACAUCCUAGCAGAAGACUGACACUGCCGAGCACAUAGCAGGCAACCAGCUGCGUUUUCCUUUAAAGUGAUUCGGCAGCAAACGGUUUCCUUAUAAUAAAAUCUACCCGCACACAAUGCCAGUUACAGCGCUCACAAGCUCCAGAAAUAGUUCGGUUUCCCCGAAGCUAGAAGUAUCUCUAAGCUGAACAGACGACAGUUCAUCGUAAAAAAACUGUACUGAAAUAUUAAAUGGAGUAUUUGGAGUUUAAUUCAACCUAUCAAUGAAAUUCAGAUAGGGCAUUUCUUUAAAGAAAAUAAUUAUACUAAAAAGCAGCAAAGGAAAACUUCUUUCUCCUCACAUGCUUCAGGUUAAGAAAUUAUGUGCUGUUGGAAUCUAAAUCCGAGACCAUAGAGUUUAAUGUGCUGUGCUUCGUUCACUUAUUUGUCUCUUCCCUCAACAUAAAGGGUGUCCAAGAAAUGUUGCAACAAACUUCGAGGGUUUGCAGAGGCUGCUUUGAGCAACAAACGGAGUAUAGGAAUCCGUGUUCAGGAACGUCACCCAACGGCUCUAUGGAGCUUCGAAGUUAUAGGUGCUGACGCCUGCCAUUAGGCCACCCCUUCAGCAGACAACGUGACUUUGUGUACUAACGUACCGUGGGUGGGAAGUCUCGCAAUGUUGUUUGUUAUUCAUUGAUAGCGACUGGCAACGAUCGCCAGGGGAGAAGAUGGAGAUAGCUGCUGCACAGAAACGCCUUGUCUCCUAUGAAUGUGAUGCUCUGUUGCCUUGCUGGAUGACGGGUUUGAACACAGGUUUUCACCUGCAGUUGAUGUUUCCCCUUUAACCCUCUGAAAUCUCCGAGGUUUUUUUUUUUUUUUUGUAUACUGGAGAAAAAUAAACUGCAGAUGGAAACACGUGUCCGAAACAGCCAUCCACAAAGCGAACAGAGCAUCGCAUUCAUAGGAGACAAGGCCUGUCUAUGCAGCAGCUAGCUACAUCUUCUCCACUGGCGAUCGCGAUAAUCAGUAGCGAUCACUGAAUAACAAACAACAUUGCGAGACGUUGCGCCUACGGUCCGACAGCGUACAAAGUCACGUCUGUUGCCGAAGGGGUGGGCUAGUGGCAGGCGCCGGCGCUUUUAGCUAUGAAGAUCUGUAGCGUCGUUGGAUAUCUGCCACGAACAGAUAUGAAGAGAGACAAAAGUAAUCAUGACGGAAAUCCAUGGAGGCGACCCCCUAGCCGCGCGGAUAACGAGUAAAAAUUCUCAUUUUUGCUGUGUUGUCACAGAUACGAGCUACAAACGUCGCUGUUGACAAAGAGCGACUUUCACGCCUUAGGAAGCAAUCUGCUAGAUAGUAUGCGGCCCACUGCAUUCUAGUUCCUGCUAGCAUCACUCAUGACCACAUCCGAUGUUUCUUAACGAAUCAGUCGAAUUAUAUGGGUAGAAUGUUUCACAGUUAAUACAGCUUUGAAUUCGUUUGUUUACGACUGUUGUGUCACCAGUUGUGUGACAGUAUACACCGAUCUCUGUCUUUCAAGUAUCUCAAAUAGCUAAACGCCAAAAGUAGUAUGAAGCGUUAUCGUUUCUUGUUAGGCAUAAGUUUCGACCUGCGACUCAGUGAUCUGAAUAUAUCGUGACUACUGACAGUUUGUGGUAGACCCGUACUGCAACCAAUAUUUCCUCCUUUUUGUGAGCAGGUUCUCUAACCAUUGCAUCAUCUGAGCGAGCCUCCACUCUUGACUGAAACUUUCAUUGGCACUGAUGUUUCCUCUUAUUACUUCCGGAAAAACGUAGAUGGGUCUCUACACCGGUAUAUGGCCAUCAGGGGACUAAUGUGUCGGAGGGUCGCGACUUACUCUUAUACCAGCGGAAAUGAAUUCACUGAGACGAAAGUGAUAGAAGCAGUGGAUAUGAUAUCAGUGAAGAUGUAAUGGCAAGGGCCAGAUGUGGCCAGAAAUACUGAAUCCAUAGUUAGUAGUUUCUACAGUAAUAGGUGGAAACAUCAGUAACAACGAAAAUUUUGGUCACGCCUGAAGGCGCGUUCAGGUAGCGUAAUGGUUGGGUUGACUGACUAAAAAAAAAAGCAGAAAAUUCAGGUUCCAUUCACAUGUUCACAUAAUUUUCCAUUAGUCACAAUUUAUUCAUCGCAGCGGAGUCCAGUAUUUUCCGAGUGUACUUCACAGAUACAGUCUCAUGUAACUGCAUGUCAUUCAAAUCAUCAACACUGUUUCCGCACAUUUCACCACAUUGAAUUCAGUUCAGUUGGUACUCAUUGAUCUGUCCUGUCAUCUCCGCAGACAUGUAGAAGGCGGUGCAGAAGCUGUUUAAGGAUUUUACUGUGUGUUCGUAAUUGGAGUGAAAUUAACAGCUAUACCAAAUAGUUUCACUUUUAUGCGGAACAGAUCAGCUAAUAGAAGCAUUCACUGAGACAAAAGUGAUAGUUUCUCUUGCGAGUAGCAGAUUUUUUCUGUGUUUACAACCAGGAAAGAUUUAGUUUGCUGAUGAAGUCGACUUAACAAAUAAAUCACGAACGUUCUUACGAAUGCUGUAAUUCCGCUAACUUCUGCAUCGCAAUUAAUCACUCAAGCUGUCGUAUCAUCGACAUGUCACUUUUUUCGAAUUAUUCUGCAUCGUUUUCCGUUCAUGAAUAUUUUUCAAUAGUGAUCUUAUACCUGUACACAAUAAAAAGGCAUAUGUAGAGACUUUACAUAUUUUAUUUAGAACUUCAAAAUGUAAUUAAUACUGUUGUAAGGCAGAAACCCUGAGAUAAGAUCUGUGAUAAAGCAGGAGUGUCAGUCGUUUCCAGCGUCAGUAUUCUCAUAAAACGAUGUAAUCUGCUCUUCAGCUUCAGGCUGCUUGACACUGCCUUUAAAACAGAUAUUACUUCUAGUUCGCGUUGACUACUGCCAUAUGUUUACGAGAAUAAAAUAAUAUUUAAUUAUUAUAUUGUAAUUUUCUAGCGUCCAGUUGAUUCAAAAGACAAAUGAAUUUUGGUACGAGUAUACUGCAGAUAAAACAUUAGUUAUCACUGUUUUGACAGUAACAGAUAUAUGUGAAAAUAAGUGUUAAUAAUUACUAAUUUAUGAAUUUCUCAUUUUACAUUUUGUUGUCUAGUCCUGUCUGUCAUAUCUCAUAUUCAUGUAGCUGUCCCUGUACUGUUAAAAUAAGACA